AUGAAGGUUAUCGACUUUCUCCAUCGCUCUCUCUUCUCUUGCUGCUCUUCCUCCAACAGUCUCACCACCCAACGCAAGAAACGCAUCCCCAAGAUCAAGCCCCACAAUCAUCACCAACCCUCACAACCAUCACCAUCACCAUCAUCACCGUUCAAUCUCACUGACGAUAAAAACCCACCUCCUCCUUCAAAGUCCAACGUUAUCGGCACCAUCUUCGGCCACCGCCGGGCCCGAGCCCGCUUCUGCAUCCAACACGACUCCCACAUCUCAAAACCUCUCCUCCUCCUUGAGCUACCCAUGCCUACAUACCUUCUUGCCGAAGAAAUGAAAUCCGACCUCUUACGGAUCUCCCUCGAGUGCCACCGAUCCCAGAUAGCAUCCUGCUCCUUGCACUCGGUGCCCAUCUGGACCAUGUACUGCAAUGGUCGCAAGGUGGGCUUCGCGGCCCGCCGACGGGCCACUGAUAAGGACCGUGACGUAUUGAGGACGGUGCAGGCAACGUCGUUCGGAGCUGGUGUCAUUCCCCCAACGUCUGAUGGCGAGGAGGAGGUCAUGUACAUGCGAGCGAGUUAUGAGCGAGUCGUGGGGUCGGGUGACUCGGAGUCAUUUCAUCUCAUCAACACUGGUAGGAGCCCGAGUCAAGAACUCAGUGUUUUCUUACUAAGGACUGAGUGAGGGAUUUUGGAUAAAAAGAUUGAUGGGCCUUCGAGUUCUUGUUUGGGAAUUUCUUUUCCUUGGAAAGUUCCAGUGGGGUUUCACUUGCAUGUUGAGGAUCUUGGAUGAAUGA